UUCUGAACAACCUUGCUGUCACAUUAGUUCCCUUAACCUACUUGCCCUGGACUUUUUCAAGUGGGGAAAUUCUGCAUUUGUGACAUUUAUGUCUAUAAAAGAUUUGGCCUGUACUAAACAAUGAAGGAAAGUAGAUGCCUGGCUGUGUAUUUUGUAGCUUUGUGAAGAGAUGAUUUUUCUUUUGAUUGGAGUCCUGGCUGUUCUUCCACAUGCUGCUGUAGGAUCCAUCAAAGUGGCAGAAAGUUAUUGGACUCUUAAAGCAAAUGAAUUGGUGGUAGAUGAAGAUAUGGAUAAAUAUGGAACUAAGGUGCUGGUUCCACUAGUGUGUGGUGAGGCUUUUGAGGGACAGAAGAUCAUAUGGAAGCGAGAGGGCAGAGAGGAGCUCCCAUUUCAGGGAAACAGAGUUUUUGUGAUGGUGGAGGAGAGACAGGGAGGCACCUACACCUGUUACAGCACAGAAGGCAACUACCUAAACCACACUCUUGUAUUAGUGCAGUGGAGAUACAGGAAGAUAAUUAAAGGCACACCCGAGAGAGGUUAUGUCCACUGUUCAACAAACAACUACAGUGGCUUCUUUCAGUGCUUCUGGACCUGGGAUGAAUCAAGAUCUGGAAAAGUUGCAUUAAUUAAAAUAACACGCUCUCACACUGCAGGAAACACUAGCUGCAAUCUGGAUUCUAAUGCAGGCAGCAUCACAUGCCAAGAUCAUGCAUUCUGUCCCUAUGCUGAGGAGAUAGAUCACAUCAAUUUGACCAUUUAUUUCCGAAGCAACUAUGUCAUUGAGACCUAUUAUCUGCAGUUUCGAAUCUCAGAUAUAGUGAGGCCAGACAUGGUUCGUUUCAAAAUGAAGAGCAAUAUUCUGGAGCUUCAAUACCCAAAGAGCUGGAGCACACCUUUUUCCUACUUUCCCCUUAGAUUUCAGGUGAAAGAGAUCCGAUGCCAGAAGAAAAGGAUUUGUGACUGCUCAAACCAAAGAUCAUCAAAUGUUGACCUGACACAAGAGCAGCAGUGGCCACUAAAAAAGGGCGUGACAGUUUGUGUAAGAGCACAGGAUGGCCUGGCUAACUCCUCUUGGGGAGAAUGGAACCAGUUCAAAAAAGAGAAACACAAAAGAAAAAAGAAAAAAUGGCAUAAAGAAAGCAAAAGUAAAAUGAAUGAUGGCAGAAGACAGCUCAAGAAAUGCACUGCCACAAAUCUUGCUGUAACAUGGAGAAAUGGAUGGGGCCAUGCUACAGAACUCUAAUCUCUGACAAAAGAAGCAUCUAUUAAUAAAUAAAUAUAUUUAUUAUAGUAAAUAUAAUAAUAUAAUACCAUGCAAAUGUAAGAAAUGCAUUCUGAAAUAAGGUUGUUUCACAGAACAGAAACCACAAAUUACUACAGAUGUUGACUGCUUAGUGGUUGUUGUGAUCAAAGCUUAUUGUUGGUAAUGGUUUUGUUGAGUACAUUUAAUGAAUUGUACAACUAAAUAUUAAAGGCCUCAGCUCUGAAAAUCUCUUUUUGAAAACCUAUUGUGAUCUUAGCACAAUAUUAAAAGAAUAUUUACUGUUACACUCUAAGUUUUUUUCUAUUAAAUGUUAUAAUUUUUAACGUGCAUAAAUAGAAAGCAUGCUUAACAAUAGAAUAACAUAUCUCCCUAUAUUAAUAGAAGUUAACAAACAUAAACCUACAUUAGUAUAUACUGUAGUCAUGCUAAUGGCACUUUGUAUCAGUGUUCUUGUUAUGUCUUGGUAAUAGUAAUGUUUUUGUCCAUGUCUUUUUAUCUAGUCUGUAUUUCUAUUUUCCAUUUGCCUGUUAUGUCCUGUUCGUCUAUCGGAUCAUGGAAACAU